UAAUAACAUGUAUUAUCAUUCAGAUAAACAAAUGUUCGCUGAACAAUUGGAUUGUUUUAUGGUUCGUCAAUAUGUACUGAAAGGAGAUUAGUGAGUGGUAUUUAGUUGCAGAGCGAGGCCCGGCGGCGGUGACGGCGACGGUUGUCAUGUGCACAGGCGGACACAAACGUGUAAACAAACCGACGAUCGAUAUUACUUCGGCACUACGUAUUACAGUGGCAUCUUUAGCGAGGAGCGCUUCUCUGCCACCAAAUCGUUUACGCAAUCCCGAAGCAUAGUUUCGAGGUUGGUUUAGGCGGGAAUGCGGUCGGACCGUGCCUCCGACGACACGAAUGAAGGACACCGCUGAGCGACGGGAACUCGCGACAUCCAAGCUGUGGAACAACGUGGCAUCCUGCAUGGAGAAAUGGUUCGGUGAUAAACGUCUCUGGCUGUUCGGCAACAACCUGCCGCUGCUGCCGAGGAGGUCGCGGGCCAGCAGCCGCGCCAUGGAGCGCUACGAGAAGUUGGCCAAGCUGGGCGAGGGCUCGUAUGGACUGGUGUACAAAUGUCGCGACCGCGAAACCGGCGCCCUCGUCGCCGUCAAGAAGUUCCUCGAGAACGACGACGACCCGCUCAUCCGGAAGAUCGCGUUGCGUGAGAUACGCAUGCUCAAGAAUCUGAAACACCCAAACCUGGUGAACCUGCUGGAGGUGUUCCGGCGCAAGCGCAAGCUGCACCUAGUGUUCGAGUACUGCGACCACACCGUGCUGCACGAGCUGGACAAGUACCCUGCGGGCUGCCCCGAGCUGCUGUCGAAGCAGAUAAUCUGGCAGACGCUGCAGGGUGUGGCGUACUGCCACCGGCACAACUGCAUCCACCGCGAUGUCAAACCCGAGAACAUCCUGCUGACGGCCGACGGCGUAGUCAAGCUGUGCGACUUUGGCUUCGCGAGGAUGAUCAGCCCCGGUGAGAGCUACACGGACUACGUGGCGACGCGCUGGUACCGCGCGCCCGAGCUGCUCGUCGGCGACACCAUGUACGGCCCGCCCGUCGACGUCUGGGCCAUCGGGUGUGUCUUUGCGGAGCUGGUGUCGGGUGAGGCGCUUUGGCCGGGCAAAAGCGACUUAGACCAGCUGCACCUCAUCCGCUGCACGCUGGGCGACCUGUUGCCGCGACACAUGACCAUCUUCUCGCAGAAUACAUUCUUCCAGGGCAUGGCGCUGCCCGAACCCGCUCAGCUGCAGCCGCUUGAGACCAGGAUCCCGCAACGCUGCGCCAACAACGAAUUGCUCAUGGACUUCUUAAAAAAGUGCCUGGACAAGGAUCCGGUGUCGCGGUGGUCGUGCGAGCAGCUGUUGCGACACGCGCUCUUCGAGAACUUCAUGUUCAGCGUGCCGCCGCCCCCGCACCACGACUACGAGAAAGCGCGCCGAGGACAGGUAUUAUUUCGUUCGUAUGAAAAUAACUUUCUCCUUGACAUAAAUUUGUCCUUCCUUCCCACGCACCUUCCUCAACCCGACCCUUCCCCGCAGCAGUCGGCGACGAAGCGACAGUCGGAGUCCACCAACUCGCAGCAGAACUUACAGGACUCGGCGAGUUUACAGAAAAAGAAAAGCGGCAAGAAAAAAUGAAUAUGCCAUGAAUUAAA